AUGGUCAAAGGGGCCGCCCAAGGGAACCCGAUGCAACUCUUCCCCAGACCACCCAUGCAGAGACAACGGGCCACAGAAUGGAUGCCUAGGAGAGAGGAGCUCAAAUUGGAAUACGGAGGGGAAUCAUCCGAGCUGAACUUUUUCCUCAUUGGCAUCAGAGGAUACAUGGAGGACAAUGCGCACACAUUCCGCUCCGAAGGAAGCAUGAUUCGGGCCAUUGGUAAUACCCUAAAAAGGGGGGCGGCCAGCUGGUAUGUGCAGUUACAUGCCAGACGCGACCCGUGCUUGAAGUCAGUGCCCCAAUUCCUGGGGCUAGAGAACCGUUUCAGAGACCCGCUGGAGCAAUUAAGAGCCCGUGAUCAACUUAAGGUCAUAAAACAAAGGAACAAAACGGUGCCCGAGUAUGCAGAAGAAUUCCUCCAUCUCGCAGAAAGGGUACCAGAAUGGUCCGAAGUGACCAAAGUGGAGAUAUUCAAAGAGGGACUGCGCCCCGAGAUAUUCAGCUGGGCGGCGCACAGAGAUGACCCGGAGUCAUUACAGGGAUGGAUUCAAUUGGCAGGGCGCGUUGAAUCCACCCUGUCCCAAGUAAGGCGCUUUCGGAGCGGCGGCGCCCAGCAGCGACCGGCAACGAGGGGUCGGGGAGAAACGCGGAAGCAGGAGCGACCAGGAGGGCGGCCCGGGAUCCCCUCCAAAGGAGACGACAACAAACCCAAGACAGGAUGCUUUGUGUGUGGAAAGACGGGCCAUCGGGCGGCAGAAUGUUGGGCCCGGAAGGGGGAGCCCCCCAAAGCCGUAAAACCCACGCCAGCAGCCGGGAGACGAGCGGAGGAGGAGGUGCGAGCCCCAGAACCCCCGGAGCAGCUGGAUCAAGACGGAGAGAGCACAGGAGGGGUCGGCGAAAGGAGGGGCACCAUGUCAUGGGGCCAAUUCCCAGAGCUGAGUCUGCAAGCUCUGGAAAUUGGAGCCAUAACAAAGCGCGCUCCUGGAACACCUGGCAGCACAGCCUGGGAACCGGUGGAGUGAAAAUGUAAACAAGUAUAAUGAGUAGUUUGUGUGAAAAUGGUAGAAAUGUGAUACAGGGGGUGGGGUUUUGGUGAUGAUAUUUACGUGUGAUGUGACGUAGUAGCAAAGGUAAUAAAAGUGGUUGUAUGUAAACAUUAUGUCAUUCUCGACUUUUCCCAAGUCGUGUAUUCUUCAAUAAAGAUUGGUUUUGAUAGCAGCUGCCUUUGAUCUGCGUUCAUGCUGGUCGUUUGAAGUGAGCGUGACACUUGCCCCUAGGUGCCAACAACAAAAAUAAAAGAAAAAUAAAGUCCUAAGUAGAAGAAAAUGAAUAAUUGUUUUUAUCCUAUUGCUGACAGUUAGAAGCCUAAGCUCCACCCACUUGGUCUCCUAGCAACCCACUCAGCCCAGGGGACAGGCACAGUUAAGCCUCACUUAGGCCUCUUCCACAGUAUGCCGUCACACCCAGGCACCUUUUUAAGCUUUAGGCUGUGCUUCUUCCUUUGCCCAGGUGAACUGCGGGGGCCUUACUUAGAAGCUCUGGAAAUCCCAGUAACCAAAGGCACUUCAAGUAGAACAAUCAAACAAAAUUUUAUUUUCACAAAGUCCUUGGCAGACUUGGCACAUGUAAUUAAGGUUGCAAAUAAAAACAAUCCACUUAUAAAACCUUGCAGAUGUUCCUUGCUUGCUUUUCCCCUUUAGUUGCUGGGUUAAUUUCCACCAAAGGCAAAGAGAUCCUGAGAUCCUCUUCACCCUCGCCCUGAGCUGCUAUCAAAAGAUCUACAACUAUCUAAGCUCAAAGCUAGUUUUUGAGGCAAAGUUGGUAGGGCUUCUCCAGUGGCAAAGAAAUCCAGAGAUGUUCUCUGCCCCAGUGCCAAGGCUAUUGGAAAGAACAGGUCUUUCCCCUAUCUAUACUCAGCGCUGGUUUUAAAGGCAGGUCAGUACUUACGAUGGCCUUUUCAGAGUUGGCCUGGCUCGGCCACACAAGCACAUCUAAGUUGUUUCUUCUUCAGUCUAGAAGGCAGAAAAGGCUUCUCAACAUGGAGCCUUCUAUCUACAAAAUGACACAUUUGCAGGCUGCAAGCGGCAAAGACUUGCAAACAGGCUAAACCAUCAGACUGCUGCAGAAUCUGCAGCAACCCUGGAGCAAAUGCAAACAGAUGCUAUUCCUACAACUAUAAAAAAAUGCAAACCAAACCUCUGGGGGACGGAGCAGGUGGCAGGACGUGGUGGAGGCACUACGAGAAACGCAAAGAAAGUACAAACUCUCUGCUGAUCGUAGGCGCCGAGAAGGGGACAAAUUGGGCGAAGGAGAUCUAGUUUGGCUGAGUACGAAAAAUCUGAAGUUGGGAUUUCCAUCGAAGAAAUUGGCACCACGCUAUAUAGGCCCAUUCAGAGUUACAAAAAGGAUAAAUGAAGUAACAUAUCAGCUGAGGUUGCCCAAGGAUUUAGGGAAAGUGCAGCCUAUUGAAAAAGUACAAAGGAACGUUGGGCAGCGGAGAACAAUAGUUGUAUUUAAUCUUUUCCUUUCAGGACGAGGGGGAGGAGGACGCCAUGUCAGAACCCUGCUACUAGAGCCUGGAUAUGGCGCUGAGUUUCAGGGUCACUGACAUUGUGAUUGUGAUUGUGAUAAGGCACCUGCAUCCCGGGAUCCUGAGAAGAAACGGCUGCUGGACUUGGCGGGGAAACUUCGCGGGGUUUUGUUGGGCGGGAAAUGCGUUUUCAAAUGAGGGGGGAGGGUAUAUAAAGGAAUGCUGGCCGACGCCUCCCAUGCUUGGCUUUUUCAUGUCGAUGUUUCCUGCAGUAAAGUUUCUGGUGACAACA